GGCAGAGUAUCUGUGUAGUCGAUAAGUUGUAGGAAAGACAAGAAACUGGCUGAUUUGCACUCGAGGCGUCAGGGUGAGCGACGGUCGGUCGAUGAGGACUUGCAGGACAGGCCCCGGCGGCCGCUGACCCUCGGUUGCUUACCACAUUGCUCCUCUUAUCAUCACUUGCAAUGCGUGAAGGGUCUAUACGUGUGCGAGGGUGCAUGUUAGGGACGAAUGACUACUAGGGAUUUCAGGUAUCGGGAAUUAUUGAGUGACAGAUCGUCUUCUUGCCAGGGUAAUUACAGCGGUAUGAUGGUUUUGCUUUGCCAGCCUGGCCAGGAGAGCCGGUCAUCCCCAGCAGACAGAGUGGAUGUAAGCUGGAAACACAGCACCACACCAGUCCAUCCAUGCAGGGACUCUCAUCUGCCUUUCUACAAUUGUGCUGGACUGAGACACUUUUUCAAGACAGAAGAGAAGGUGAUGCUUCAGACAAGGUCAUCAAGAAAUUCACUUGGAAAUCCCAGAACACACCUAUCAGUAAUCUGUGUGAGUUGCCAAGAGGCCUUCAGGGAUUAUCAGGAAAUGGUUUAUCUAGAUAGAAAUAGUGAAUGUGUAUGGAUCAACAAAUGAUGGCAUUUGGGAAUAUCUUGUGCAAAUAAUAGAACACCAGCUGCUGUGUUUCUCAAGACAAUGAGUUUGCAUGUGUAAUCUGUGUUAGGUAUUACCACAUUCAGUUUUCACAAUGAUGGAAGAGCAGUGCCCUAAUUUUGUGUGUGCAGACUGUGGGGAGUUGUUGGAUAGCAAAAACAGCCUCAUUGAACACACCCUUGCUCACAAAGGGCUCAAGACUUACCACUGUGAGGAAUGUGGCAAAUUGUUUUCUCAGGAAUUAAGUUUCUCACAGCACACACACCUCCAGGCCACACAGAACUUCAAGUGUAGUGACUGUGGGCAGUCCUUCCCCCAGAAAGGAGACCUCAACACACACACUCUCAGUCAUUCAGACAAAAAGUUUCAGUGCAAAGACUGUGGCAAGUGUUUCUCAAAAAAAUUCAACCUCACACAGCAUUCUCUCACUCAUUCCGGCAUUAAACGGUUCAAGUGUGAGGAAUGUGGGAAACUGUUCACCCACAAGAGCAACCUCACCCAGCACUACAACAUUCACACCGGCAUCAAGAACUUCAAGUGUGAGCAGUGUGGCAAGGAGUUUGCCCACAAGAGUAACCUAACCCAGCAUUUACUCCUCCACACUGGGAUUAAAAACUUUAAAUGUGAGGAGUGUGGUAAAUUUUUCACUCACAAGAGCCACCUGACCCAACACUCCCUGAUCCAUGCCUGCAUCAAGGACUACCACUGUGAGGAGUGUGGCAAAAUGUUCACCCACAAGAGUAACCUCACCCAGCACAGCCUCAUACACUCGGGAGUGAAGAGGUUUGAGUGUGAAGAGUGCAAGAAACUGUUCACCCACAAGAGCAACCUCAUCAAACACAAGCUCAUCCACACUAACCAGAAGAAGCCAAAGCAUGAGAUGGAGGAAGGUGCUAACUAAACUUCCACUACUUGCUGUCUGUCUGGCCUCAGCUUAAUACUUGGCUUGUAUGGAUGAACACUAGACAGGCUCCACUCCUGUUCACUGAACAUUUUUGGCAGUGCUUGUCCUCCUACUACAUUCUUACCCAAGAUCAAGAGUACAAGUGCUACAGCCUUAAUUUUCAUGUCAUCAGUUCACAACACAUCUAACUCUCCACACUCCAGCAUGUGUGUCUGUCUGUACACUAGACAACGUCUCAUGCCGAGCGUGGCAUUCCUUCUUCCACUGCAGAUUUGUGUCCCUCAGCCCAUCCUGCCUUCCUGGAUGUCCAAACAAGCAGUGUGAUAAUAUAAAAAGCUUUUAAGAGGCAGUGGGCAAAAAAUACAUGGUGCUCCCAAACCAGAAAAUCAAUGCUACUAUCAAGGUUCCUCAGCGCACAGCAGGUGUUCAGCUACUCAUAAUUAAGGUUUUCCCAAGUGACCUCAGUUCCAGAAAGCAAAACACAGUUGAGUGUUAAGUCAUUUAUGUUCUUAGGAUAGAAGGCUUGGAGACAUGGUGAAUGAACAGGAACACAGAGGAAAUUUAAUGUGAUGAUUUGGGUUGGAAAGCAGAUGUCAGUUGUGACUGAGUGAACUAAUGAACUGCCUUCAUGGAGUGUAUAUACAGUGCUACUUACAGUAUCAUUAAACCAAGUGAAAAGUGUACUGGUGAUGCGGCACAUGUGGACAUGAGUGGUAUAUGGCUGGCCAGUGGUGGGGACAGCAUAUGGCCUGAUGUGCAAGUGAAGCAAGUGGCAUGCCCUCUUGGUGUGGUAUUGGCACUGGCCCUCCACUGGUGGUGAUACAAAGUGAUGUUGGUUGCAUGCACAAAAUGUAUUUGUCUUAGUCUACAAACAUAUAUAAUACAUAAUACAGUAUACAUUUUUUUGCAGAGAUGCCAGUUUGAAAGGAGCAUGUCGUUUCCUAGAUGAGCAAUAAUACAACGUUGGUAUUAAAGUGUAGAAACAAUUGGUAACAUGAAUAAAACCUGUGGCUUCAAA